AUGGGUUCAUCGGAAAAAGCUGGAAACAGGGGUUUCCCCGGUUCGCCACGUGAUGGAGCUGCCGUGGAGCUUGUUGGUCUGAAUCGUGCCGUCCUCAAAUGGUUACUGGAAAUGAAUAAAUCAGGACAUUAUCCGUAUGAUUGUAUUGGUGACAAAAUCACAUUCGCAGAAUGGAUGAAGAAAAUUGAUCAGAAUUUUGAACAAAAGUUUUGGGUUGACGAAAAAUCACAAGAAUUAUUUGUUAAUCGGAGAAAUAUUUACAAGGAUACGGUCGGCUCAACGUUCAGAUGGUCGGAUUAUCAGCUGAGGCCUAAUUUUCUCAUUGCAGCUGUGGUGGCUCCCGAACUGUUCAACAAACACCACAUCUGGAAAGCUCUUUCACAAGUCGAACACAUUUUAGUCGGUAAAUAUGGUAUUAAGACUUUGGAUCCCUCUGACUCGAACUAUGUGGGUGAUUGCCAUACCGACGAUGAUGGAUGGGAUUUUAAACGGGCGAAAGGUCAAAAUUAUCACAACGGCCCCGAAUGGCUUUGGCUCAUGGGAUUUUAUUUGAGGGCUAAACUCUACUGGGCACAACAAAUGGACAGAGAACCAGAAACACGAGGUGUUUUGGCACAAACAAUUCGUCACGUCAGAGAAAUCCUAUUAAAUCACUUAGAAUAUCUUUCGAAUUCCGAAUGGAACGGUUUAGCACAAUUAACGAACGAAAAUGGCUCAUAUUGUCCUCACUCAUGCACUGUACAAGCCUGGUCAAUGUCAACGAUGUUGGAGGCAGAGUUUGAUUUAGAUCAAUUAGCAUAG